AUGAAAAGAUAGUUAUAGAAUCGUUAGAUACUUGGUCAUAAGAAAAGAGAGGAAUCAAUCGAAGACAUCAUUAAAAGCAAUAAUAAAUAAAUCGAAAGGAACAAAUUCAUCACUGCUAAGCAGCCAGAAGAUCCUGAACUCUCUGAAAAUAUAAUUAACUCAAUAUUGAAUGACAAUGUUUAAUCAGCUUAUUAGGAUAAGAGUGAUUCUAAAUAGAGAAAGAAAAAAAUGAGUUAUGUUCAGUAAUAAACCAAUGAAUUAAAUGAAGAAAACCAAAUUUCAAAGAUAACUGAAUAAAAUGAAGAACUUGAAGGGGAAGAGUUAGAAGGUGGUGAAACUUGGAUCGAUGAGAUAAAGGAGGAUAUCAUUCAUAAUAGCCACCGUCAACUAUAAAGAAGUAUUUCAGUGAAUACAAAUCAUAGAGUUAAAAGUGAAGAAAAAGUUAAUAAAAAGAAUGUUAAAAUUAUUAAGUAGAGUGUAGAUGCCUAAAAAUUUGAGCUAAAUAAGCACAUUAUAAAUAAUGUUAUCUAUAAUAAAAUGAACAGAGGAAUGAACUUGCAGAAAAAAGUAGAAAACGACAUUUUACUUAGAAACAAGCAAUUAGAUUCAAAGACCAGCGACACAAUAAACUCCUUCAAGAUAGUUAAUACAACUAUGAGAAAGUCAGAUUUUAUAGUAAAUUAUGACUGGCUUUAUAAAAAGCUUAUUGACAACAAAAAGUAAUUUGAGAAGAAUCCUGAGCUUGAUAAGGAAAUAUAAGCUAUGGAAAGAGAUAAGCUAAAUUAUUAGUAUUUAAAUGACUUAUUUGUGGAGAAAUAUUAAAAGCUGAGUUAAGAUUUAAGACAGAAAAAGCUUCAAGUUGGAGAUCUGAGAAUUAGUAUUAACAACAUGCACCAAGAAAUUAAAUAACUUUAGCACUAAUAAGUUGCAGUUAAAAAAAAGUAUGAAGAACUAGAGAACUAGCAAAUGAUGCUGAGAAAUGCAGUUAUGAGCUCAAUUUCAAGAAAAGGAUAUUCGUUGGGAUAACCUUAUAGAGGAAAUUAUACAAUUGAUAAAAAACAAUCUAAACUAUAAGAAAUGAAAGAAGUUGAAGAAAUGGCAAUAUUAAAAAAUAUAAGAUAACUCUAAAAUGAAAUUGAUGAUAGAUUCUUUAAAAUAGAAGACAUAGAAAAGAAAAUUCUCAUCUAAAAAAAAGAUAAAUCUCACCUCAAAUACUAAUUUAAAGUUUUUUUGUUCAAAUUGAUUUAAACUGGUAUUGCCUCUUACAAAGGAAGCAUCUGCGAGCUGAUUAAACUGCUAAAGAAAUUAAAAGUAGACAUUAUUGCUCAAGAUAUUCCGAGAUUUCUUGAUGAUGAAAGCAAAGAUUUUAUUUUUUAAAAAGCUAAAAUUGAAUUGGAUUUAGAGGAGGUUGAGAAAUAAAAGAUUUUAAUCAAAGAAGAAAUUUCUAGAGAUAAAAGACUUUAGCACAUAGAUUUUAAUCUCUUCUUAGAUUAAUUUAAAGAGCGUAAGUAGCUCAUGAAAGAUAAGCUAGAGAUUAUAAAGAAGGAGAAUGUAAAAGUGCUUAGACCAAUAAUUAAAAUUGUAGAUGGAAUUUAAAUGCAAAAUGGAAGUCAAUGGGAAUAAGUGUAUGAUGAAUAGUAAAUGAUUGAAAAGUUUUAAGAAAGAUAAACUAUUAAGCAAGUGCUGAAUAUAGAAGAUAUUGACUUCUUGGAUGUUUUACCUAAAAUCUUAGAAAAUUAGCAAAAUUUAGAACAAUAAAAAUAUGAAAUUGAACAGUAAGAAAUCAAGCGUCUCUACUUAAUUUUCCUUCAAAAGCUUUAACAAAGUACUGCAGAUAUAGAAACAAAAUUUGAGAAAUUCGAAUUGACUUUUAAAGUUAUCUUUGGAUUCAAAUAAGGAGAAGAGAUCUUUAAAAAUUUUAUCUUAUUAGCUCAAGAAAAAAACAUAGGAAACACAACAGAGGAUUCUAGUUCCUCUCAAAGGCUAAAGAAAGCUAAUGCUAAUAUUAUUUAGACAUUGCAACACAAUAAAAAUAUCAGCUAGUAGUCAAGCCAAUAGAUUCUUUCUUACUUUACUACUCCAAAUUAAACUAGUGGCAGUGGCUCAUCUCGUAAAAAAGCUUUGAUGCCUAUCCUGGCAGAUAUAGAAGGAUCUUUAACGACUAGAGAUUUUAGAAGAACCAAAAAUAGAAGCUCAUUUCACAAUAGCAAUCUUCGUCUUGAAACAGAUAAUAUAAUUGAGAACUUUACCUCAAGAUCAUCUAAGAGCAAUUAAAAUAGCUUAAGCUCUUCCGUUAGAAGUAGCACAUAGGCUUCCACAUCUCCAUUCUUCUUGAACCAAAUAUAAAUUGAUAAAGCUAAGACUUUGCUACAAAAAGGAAACAAUUCAAAGCAAUAAGAAUAAAUUAUGUAUCAAGAAGUUAACUUUUCAUACGAGCCGAUAUAUAACUAAAUGCCUUAGUACUAAAAUAUGUUCAAACAGAGCUCUUUUUUCAAUUCUAAUUCAUCUUAAUUUCAAUGUUAUACUCCUCAACAUAAAUAAACUCAUAAACGUAAUUCUACUUCAGACUUAAAUUUUAUUAAAUGA